AUGUAUGCGAAGUGUGGAGACAUAGAAUUUGCACGCCAAGUGUUUGACAGAAUACUUGUGAGAGAUGUUGUUACAUGGAAUGCAAUGAUUUCUGGGUGUGUUCGGAAUGGAAAGGCUCGUGAAGCCUUGGUUCUCUUUGAUCAAAUGCAACAGUUAGAGAUGAAGCCUAACCCAGUUACUAUUGCAAGUGUACUCCAGGCAUGUUCCCAUAUGGGAAAUUUCGAAAAGGGCCGGCAGAUCCAUGAAUAUGUAACUCAAGGUGGGCUAGAGUUCAAUGAUUUUGUAGGGAACUCCUUGAUAGAUAUGUAUGCCAAAUGCAAGAAGGUCGAGAUUGCACGGCAAGUGUUUGACAAGAUGCCCACAAGAACGGUGGUUUCAUGGAGUGCAAUUAUUGCUGCAUAUGCGCCGAAUGGGCAAGACAAGGAAGCUUUGGAACUCUUUGCUCAGAUGCAACUAGCUGAUGUCACACCUAAUUCUGUCACUAUGGUCAGCGUGCUCCAGGCAUGUGCCCAUUUAGGAGAUUUGGAGCAAGGGAAGCAAAUCCAUGAUUAUAUAAUCCAAAGUGGAUUGAAGUUGGACAUUUUUGUGGAGAAUUCCCUUAUUGCCAUGUAUGCUAAAUGUGGGAAUUCGGAGCUUGCAAGUCAGUUGUUUGAGUACAUGUCUAAAAGCGAUCUGGUUUCAUGGAAUGCUAUGAUUGCUGGGUAUGCUGAGACUGGACGUGCCAAUGAGGCUUCAGCAAUUUUUAAUCAAAUGCAGCAGGCAGGUGUAGCUCCUGAUUCCAUCACUGUGGUGAGUCUGCUUCAGGCAUGUGCCCGUGAAGGCAAUUUGCAACAGGGCAAGUGGAUUCAUUAUUAUAUAAUUCUAAAUAGAUUUGACUCUGAGAUUUUUGUAUUAAAUUCAUUGAUCGACAUGUAUGCAAAGUGCGGGGUCGUUGAGAAUGCACGUCAGGUUUUUGACAAAAUGUCGAAAGAAAAUUUAGUAACAUGGAAUGCAAUGAUUGCUGGAUAUGUUCAGAAUGGACAUGCCAAAGAAGCUUUGAUGCUUUUUGGUCAAAUGAAACAAACAAACAUUGAACCUGAUUCAGUGACAAUGGUGAGUCUACUCCCAGCAUGUGCUCACUUAGGGUUCCUGAAUCAAGGGAAGUGGUUCCGUGAUUAUAUAGUUCAAAACGGAUUUGAGAUGAAUCUUCCUAUUGGGAAUUCCUUGAUUGACAUGUAUGCCAAAUGUGGGAGCAUAGUUGCCGUACGAAAAUUGUUUCAUAGAAUGUUGCAGAGAGAUGUGGUCUUAUGGAGUGCGAUGAUUUGUGGGUAUGGUAUGCAUGGACACGUCGAAGAUGCUCUUGAACUAUUUCAUAAAAUGCAACAGACAGGCACAAAGCCAAACCACAUCACCUUUGUUGGUGUUUUGUCUGCAUGUAGUCAUGCAGGUUUGUUGGAGGAGGGAUGGAAGUAUUUUGAUUGCAUGGUUCAAGAAUACUGUAUCACACCUAGCAUGGAACACUAUUCCUGCACGGUUGAUCUUCUUGGGCGCUGUGGAAAUCUUGUCGAGGCAGAAUGCUUUAUCAAAAACAUGACUUUUAAACUAGGUCCAAGUGUGUGGGGGGCCUUGCUUAAUGCCUGCAGGAUCCAUGGCAAUAUUAAGCUAGGAGAACUUGCAGCAGAAUGCCUUUUCGUCUUAGAGCCUAAAAAUGAUAGUUCUUAUAUUCUAUUAUCAAACAUUUAUGCAGCAGCUGGAAUGUGGGAUGAUGUAGAUAAGUUGAGAACGACAAUGCAAUGCAGGGGCUUGAAAAAGAGACCAGCGUGCAGUUUAAUUGAGGUAGACAAUAAUAUUCAUGCAUUCCUUGCAGCAGACAGUUUGCAUCCUCAAAAUGAAGAGAUUAAUAAAAUGUUAAAGAUGUUGAUAAUGGAGUCAUCAGGAUGUGUCCCUAAUAUCAACUUUGUGCUGUAUAAUGUAGACUAG